AUGUUCGAGCUCCCAGACGCAAAGAGGGUGAGGAGAGAAGACCUCGGGGGGUCCGACUCCGAAGAUGAGGCGCCGAGCCGCGACGAAGGGCAGGACGCGGAGCUGCUCGCCAAGCUGCACGCUCGUAUGGCGGGCAUGCUCGAUCUAGGCAGCAUCGAACAACCAGCGCCGACGCCGAAGAAGAAGACGACACAAGUACCACCGGCGACGAAGACGACGGCGGCUUCUUCCGAUGACAGCAGCGACGACGACGACGAGGUGGCUGAAGACAAGGAUGCGGAGAUGACCGAGGCUGUCGCCGCGGAGCCCGAGGAGUUCGAGUUCCGGCUGUUCUCGACGGCGCCGGCGACCAAGAUUGCGCUUGUGGACGAGGACGAGCUCGCGUUUGAGGGGGAGGGCGACAUGGUUCGCAAGAGGCCGCUGUCAUACUACCUCGCUUUGGAGGCGACGCCCGAGGAGCAGGCGGGGUUCGAAGAGGCCGCCGUGUCGGGUGAAGACGUGCUGGAGAGGGCGAAGCAGCGGUGGUGGGGGAUGGAGACGCCGUGGCGGGUGAUCAGGGUCGAGACAGGAGCGAAGAAGGGCGACACGACGACAUCGAAGAAGGACGGGGAGAGCGAGGAAGCGGCGGCGAGGAGAAGGAGGCCUGGGAAGAGGAAGAGGAUUGCGUUGAGGAUGAAAGAGAGGGAGAAGAAAAAGAAGGCUGAGGAAGAGGAGAAGGCUAAGAUGGGCAAGGAGGAGGCGUUGAAGGAGAAGAAGAAGAGGAUCAAUCGCCUGAAGAAGUUGAGGAAGAGGAAGAAGGAUAAGGAGGCGAAGCAGGGUGGUGCUGCUGCUGCUGGAGAUGGUGCGGAUGCAGAGGACUCCGGUGAGGGGUCUGAAGGGGAUGAUGAGUAG